UAUUCUCGCUAGACAAAAGUACAUAGCGUUACUCCUCCUGUGCAAGUUGAAGCCAGUGUGUUGAAGUUUGUUAGUCUCCGGCUACACGUAACGGUAUUUCGUCUAACAUUGAUGGCACACCAGGAAACCAUCCUGUGGUGUUAUUCCAGAUGUAACCCACGUCAUUUCUGCCAGUGGGUAACGCAAGCCUUUCAUCAAAUGUUGACCUAAUUCUGUGCAAUCCCGCUGUUGCGGGAGGCGUUCCAACUCGACACGUGUUUACACUUCGACUCACCGACUUACUCUAUGUCGUUUCUCAGAUUGAGAUUCAACAUUACACAUAAACUGUGGAUAUUUGUGUUUCCAAAGAAUAUUCAAGAAUGUUCAACAGCUAUUCUCCAGGCUUCGUCUCUAAGGACACACCAUGUGACUCACCCCUAAGGAGGGAGUUUGACGUCUUCUGGAAAACGAGUCUCGCUGAGGAGGAGGUCAGUGACACUGCCGCGGUCUGCAAAAUUACCCGCGACAAAGGGGAGACAACUCUCACGCGUAUUUUCUACGAAACUGCGGCUGACGGUCCGCGAGCUGAAGACAGGUUAGUUGAAUGGCUUCCCGAUGAACCAUUCUGGCAAGACGCAGAUGAGAUCAACAUUAAGAUCUUUCUAAGUUAUUCUCCCCAAGGAGCGACCUCGGAGGGCCUCGUUAACUUUCUCCAUGACUUAGAAGCUCAGGGCAUUGAAGUCGGCAUGACUCUACGAUUUGCUCGACUGUUUAGAGUAGGUACUGAAGACGAAGCGAUAGAAAACAAAGAUGGCCUCCGACUUUUACAUAACAGCAAGGUGAAGGUCGACGUAGUGCGUGAAUGUGAUUGGUUGUAUUUGAUGGAUGUUUUGAAGAACAGAGAAGCGCAGAAGCAGCACGAGAGGAGGUCAAGGUUUGUUAAAAAAGAACUAACUAAGAUAUUUACUGACCCACAUGAUGAAGAAACCAGCACUGACAACGUGACAACGAAGCCAUAACACAGGAAAUGGAAACGAUGUUACACGUUGAAUAAUACUGUUUACUAUUUUCAAGGAAGUCAUUGAGAGAUAGUCAAGGGCUUGAAGAUCUAAAGCAACAGGUGGCCCAAUUGUGUAACAAUUGAAUAAUUUAUUCCAUAUUUAAAUAUUUCAUUUCACUGCUGCAACGUUUGGUUGAACAGACCUUGCAAAACAAGAACAUGGGAAAA